CCAUCUUCCCUGGGGAGACCUGGGGGCCUUCUAGCUCUCCCCCCUUGGUAAAACAGCAGGGACUUCAGAGGAUUCGGAUUCCUUGGUUUGCAACUCCCUGAGUGCUAAGCGGGGCUGGGCUGGGCUCUGCGGCGGCUGACUGGCGUUUUGAGCUCUGAUCUACCGCUUCCCUUUGAAAUCUACCCCCUUUUUUUUUUUUUUUUUUUUAAACCAGGUAUGAUGAUGUCAAACGUGAUGCUGAUGCUACAGCUACAGACACGGCCCCUGCUGGCGCAGCCUCUCUGAUUCUCGCUCUCCGCGGCCAGCGCUGGGCUUUUUCAGACAAGUGCAUCUCCUAACCAGGUCACAUUCAGCCAAGACCCACCGUCCGUCUGUCCCCGGAGUCAGACCGCUGGGGGAGGACCGAGGAAGACGAUCGCGUGUGCUUCGCUCGCCGUGGGGUGGGAGGAAGAACAUUCAAAUACUGCAGGAAUCCAGACCCCCCGAGAGCGAAGCCAGACCACGAUGCGCGCCCCGGGCUGCGGGCGCCUGGCGCUGCCGCUGCUGCUCCUCGCCACGGCCGCCCUGGCCGAAGGCGACGCCAAAGGGCUCAAGGAGGGCGAGACCCCCGGCAAUUUCAUGGAGGACGAGCAAUGGCUGUCGUCCAUCUCUCAGUACAGCGGCAAGAUCAAGCACUGGAACCGCUUCCGAGACGAGGUGGAGGACGACUACAUCAAGAGCUGGGAGGACAAUCAGCAAGGAGAUGAAGCCCUGGACACCACCAAGGACCCCUGUCAGAAGGUGAAGUGCAGCCGUCACAAGGUGUGCAUUGCCCAGGGCUACCAGCGGGCCAUGUGCAUUAGCCGCAAGAAGCUGGAGCACAGGAUCAAGCAGCCUGCCCUGAAACUCCAUGGAAACAGAGAUUCCAUCUGCAAGCCCUGUCACAUGGCCCAGCUCGCCUCUGUCUGCGGCUCGGAUGGCCACACUUACAGCUCAGUGUGUAAGCUGGAGCAGCAGGCGUGCCUGAGCAACAAGCAGCUGACUGUGAGGUGCGAGGGCCUGUGCCCAUGCCCCACGGAGCAGGCUGCCACCUCCACCACCGAUGGCAAACCAGAGACCUGCACAGGUCAGGACCUGGCUGACCUGGGGGAUCGGCUGCGGGACUGGUUUCAGCUCCUUCAUGAGAACUCCAAGCAGAACGGCUCAGCCAGCAGUGGAGCCAGCUCGGCCAGUGGCCUAGACAAGAGCCUGGGGGCCAGCUGCAAGGACUCCAUUGGCUGGAUGUUCUCCAAGCUGGACACCAGUGCCGACCUCUUCCUGGACCAGACAGAGCUGGCGGCCAUCAACCUGGACAAGUACGAGGUCUGCAUCCGCCCCUUCUUCAAUUCCUGUGACACCUACAAGGAUGGCCGUGUCUCCACUGCCGAGUGGUGCUUCUGCUUCUGGAGGGAGAAGCCCCCCUGCCUGGCAGAGCUGGAGCGCAUCCAAAUCCAGGAGGCUGCCAAGAAGAAGCCAGGAGUCUUCAUCCCCAGCUGUGAUGAGGAUGGCUACUACCGCAAGAUGCAGUGUGACCAGAGCAGUGGUGAUUGCUGGUGUGUGGACCAGUUGGGCCUGGAGCUGACAGGCACCCGCACCCAUGGGAGUCCCGACUGUGAUGACAUCGUGGGCUUCUCUGGGGACUUUGGGAGCGGCGUUGGCUGGGAGGAUGAGGAGGAAAAGGAGACAGAGGAAGCAGGCGAGGAGGCUGAGGAGGAGGAGGGAGAGGCGGGCGAGGCCGAUGACGGAGGCUACAUCUGGUAGAUGGCCGAGGGGAGCCAUGGAAGGCCAGGGUGCUGACGGCCGGGGGAGACGGGCCAGCGGAGACCUGGACAGAAGCAGGCAGCUUAGCAAAUGGAUCCGGAAAAUACAGUUGGAAGGACCCUGGCUUCGAUGGGGAGGACUGGGUGUGUGAGUGUGCAUGACCGUGUGUGCAUAUUUGGGAUGUGAGACCACACGCUCGUGUGUGUGUGUGUGUGUGUGUGUGUGUGCACGCGCACCCUGAUAAAUGUGUCCUUGGUCCGCACUGCUCCAGGCAGAGUGAGUCACCCAAAGUCCCCCUCAGCCUCCUUUAGCUGUUUUCUUUCCCUUUGUUGUUGGUUUAAAAAAUAAUACAUUCACACGCA